AAAUGGCGCUCUCAUCUAUCCUUUCCGCUGAUGCCAUCGACAGUGCUAUCAAGGACUGCCAAGCACCAGACUCCUUCACCCCCAGGAAGUUUUUCCAGCUUUGUGGCCUCACCAAGAAGAGCCCCAUGGACGUGAAGAAGGUUUUUGGGAUCCUGGACAACGAUGCCAGCGGCUUUAUUGAGGAGAAUGAGCUGAAGUUUUUCCUCCAGAGGUUUUGUCCUGGUGCUCGAGUUCUGACAGACACGGAGACCAAGGACUUCCUGUGCGCUGCCGAUGACGACAGCGAUGGCCGGAUUGGAGCAGAAGAGUUCCAGGCCAUGGUCUUGUCCUAAACAGCUGGACUCCAUCUCUCCGACUUUAUCUGACCCCAGUCCCGCCCCCUUCCCCCACUCCACUGCUUCAGGGGCUCUCUUACUUUUAGUCAAUCGUUUCUAGAUAUUUUUCCUUUUUGAUUAUUUUUUUUCUUUUUGAACGACUCGCUCCGGUCCACACACAUCCACAUUCUCACAGUGUUUUUUGUUUUUCAUGUUUCGGACUGAUCAUUGCCCAGAUAAAUGUACAAUUUAGCAAAAUACUGAGAAAAUAAAAGA